AUGGGGACUCGGUAUAUAUCUCACUUUUCCGCCUCCGCCGCUGAGCUCACCUUGGGUCAGGGCAUGAUGGCUUCACGCCAAGAUGAGCUACUCGGCAAGAUAUCAGAGAUGGAGAAAUCUGGGGGCAAGAUAUCGGAGAUGGAGAAAUCUGCAGGCAAGAUAUUGGAGAUGGAGAAAACUCUGGGCCAACUGUUGGAUUUUUCAAAAUCAAUAACGCAGGAGCUUCGCUUACUACGUCCCCCUUCCACGGUGAUUGAAAACUACAAUCCCAGCCAUCCCAACCCAGAGGCCUAUGAUCUUUACCCAAGCUUACCCCAGGAUUGGGAACAUUCGUUAAUGACGGAAAAUCAAGGCGAAUCUAGAUCUGUAUGUUUAUUCGUGUCUUCUUAUGAGGGCAAAGAACACACUAAUGCAGUCUAUGAAGUCAAAUUCAAACACGGAGGAGAAGUCACUAAUGAACCCCCAGUAGUUAGACAUGUCGCCAAGUUCCACGGUGGUUGUCGUCAGGCUGCACGGAUUUUCAACCAUUCAAAAUUAUACUGCAUUGGAAAGGAAGGUGGAUUUAUUCUUGACACGAAGACUUGGUCAAACUGUUCAUCUAUUCCUCCUAUCCUAGCCUCUAAAUCAAUAGAAACUAUUGUGUGUGCGUAUGAUAAGGUUUAUUAUCUUGCACGUCCAUCAAGCUUAUUCUCACCAGUUAUGGGGCACUCCUUUGGUAGAUAUGAUUCUGAUCGGAAGGUUUGGGAGAAAAUGACUUCUUUUCCAUUUUAUGGUGAUUAUGACUACCGUAUGCAAAUAACUGGUUAUGCUGUUUGUUAUGGCGUUAUUUUGAUUUCAUUGUGUGGCUUGAGGAACGGGAAUUUCGGUGUCGUUGCUUUUCACGUAGGUAGAAAGGACUGGAAUCGAGUGAAACUUGACACUUCUGAUUAUUGUGCCCCUCCUUUUCAAGGGAGGGCCGUGGUUGUAGGCGACACUAUCUAUGCCUUAUAUGGGGAGACAAAGAUUAUAGCAUUCUCCUUUAGUAUGGGCAAAGGUGAUUAUGAUGGUAUUGCAUAUUCCCUAAGCCAACUUUUUAUAUCGCAAGGCCUUGAGUUUGCGCGUCCGGAGCUACCAUGGUUUAAUGAUAUAACACAAUAUUUGGUUCAUUUGGGGAAUCAUGACUUUUUCCAUGUCCAGACUGGAUGGUGCGAUUCACGUCUCAAGGUUCAAUAUCUUACUUUCACCACGUUUCAAAUUGUUGUUGGAGAAGGAGGAAGAUGUAUGAUCAAAACCAUACAUUCAAGUGUUCAUUCUGUGGAUAUCAAGGGCUCUGAAUGGUUUGAACUUCUUUUCUGCUUUUCACCUGAGUGCGGGGAUUAUGAACCCAUAAAAGAGGAGAGUGUGACUUGUAUGAAUCAGUCAAAACAAGAAGAAAUAACCGCCAGGAAGCUGGAAAUAGAAGCCAUGCAGCAUGACGAAGCUAAUGAUGUCCCAAUCGGUUAUUAG